AUUCCGAUUCCCAUCAUGUUUUACCAUGUUUUUCCAUCCAGAUGUUCAGCCAAUGAGCGGUCCUGCUGUGUUUUCCAGUGAAGGCAGGAGGAGGCGGAGGGAGGAAUGCUGCAGGAUGCUUAUUAUUAUGGCUGUCAAACCCAGUGGCGAUUAGACAAAGCGGUCCUGUUUAAUGUAAAGAUUCGGGGAGAUGAUUUGCACCAUGUCCGCCGCAGCUGUCGCGGUAUGGCUUGGUACGGUAGUUUGCACUGUGCAUGCCUAUGACACGAAACACAGCGCUUUACACGGGAGAAAUGUCCGUGUGGAGCAAUCCGUGGCCUUGAAGCACAGAGCAGCCGUGUCCAGAGACGUGGUCACCAUCCUGUCGAGGUCGCACGCAGACCGUAAUGUCUACCCGUCUGCAGGGGUGUUGUUCGUCCACGUUCUGGAGAGGGAGUAUUUCAAAGGAGAGUUUCCUCCUUACCCAAAAGCAGGUGACCCCAGCAACGACCCGAUCACUUUCAACACCAACCUAAAGGGCUACCCCGACAGGCCGGGCUGGCUGCGAUAUAUCCAAAGGACCCCACAUAGUGACGGAGUGCUCUACGGUUCUCCCACUGCAGAGCACAUUGGCAAGCCCACUGUCAUAGAGAUUACUGCCUAUAACAGGCGCACUUUCGAGACAGCGCGGCACAACUUGGUCAUAAACAUCAAGGCUGCAGAAGAGUUCCCCCUACCUUACCAAGCAGAAUUCUACAUCAAAAAUAUGAAUGUGGAGGAGAUGCUGGCCAGCGAGGUGCUGGGAGACUUCCUGGGAGCGGUGAAGAACGUUUGGCAGCCCGAGCGACUGAAUGCCAUCAACAUUACCUCGGCAUUGGACCGCGGUGGCCGGGUGCCGCUACCUAUUAACAACUUAAAAGAAGGCGUCUAUGUGAUGGUCGGUGCUGAUGUUCCCUUCUCGUCGUGCCUGCGGGAGGUGGAAAGCCCACAUAACCAGCUGCGCUGCAGUCAGGAGAUGGAGCCCGUCAUCAGCUGUGACAAGAAGUUCCGAGCUCAGUUUCACAUCGACUGGUGUAAGAUUUCUCUGGUUGACAUCAACAAAGUAGUCCCAGUUUACGUUACACGUCCCGAACCCGGAACGGGGAUCCUGCCCGAAUUCGGGGAGUACAAACCCCCGUCCGAGUCUCUGAAAAGCCGGGACUACUUUUCCGACUUCCUCGUCACGCUGGCUGUUCCCUCCGCCGUGGCGCUAGUUCUCUUCUUCAUCCUCGGCUACACUAUGUGCUGCAGGCGGGAAGGGGUGGAAAAAAGAAACAUGCAAACACCAGACAUCCAGCUGGUUCACCACAGCUCCAUCCAGAAGUCCACCAAGGAGCUGAGGAGCAUGUCAAAGAACAGGGAGAUCUCCUGGCCGCUCUCCACGCUGCCCGUCUUCAACCCAGUCAGCGGUGAGGUGGUUCCACCCAUCCACCCCGACAACUACGAGACCACCAGCAUGCCGCUGAUGCAGACACAGGCGAAUCUGCAAAACCAGAUUACGAUACCACAGCAGCGGCCAUCAGUCUGUUCCUUCUGCAUCACUGCACCGUUAUCAUCUGCUGCAUGAGCCGACUAAUGGUGACGCUGACGUGUGAGCGCCCUCCUGUGAGCACGGGUAUCAGCUGCAUGAUGCAUUAACUGAAUCCUCUCUCUGUUCACUGCUAACAAAGGAGAUAACUAUGUCAUGUCAACAUUUCGAAGGCUGGAGGUAGGUGCUGCCGGCUGUUCAUGAUUUAAAGUGGAGAUAAUUUGGGAUCAAAGCAGAGAAGCUGCAGGAUUUUUCAUCUUCUCCAUAUUUAUUUUACCAUGCUAAAAGUGCUUGUGUCGCAAAAUCCAAAAGACAUUAAAAACAUCAUGACAUGUUUGAACUGUAUCCAUAGGUGGCGCUGUAAUAAUAAGUUUAAACUUUUGCAGUUAUCUCAAACAGAAUAUGGUCUGGAGUAAAAUUCUAAUUUCUCCUCUGAAAUUCCUGGACCAAAUGUCCAAAAAUUAAGUGAGGCUCAUCUGUGGACUUUGUUGAUCUCAAGUUGUGGUUGUGAACUUCAAAACAUGAUGAGUCUGCAGUGAUGUGCAGUAUGUCUUUGUAGUUAGGGUCAGCAUUUUUAUUUUGCUAAAUGUCAGAUCAAGCUUUACUACGCUAUUUAACACGUUCAACUAACGGAGCGUGAUGCUUUUGCAGAACACAAAAUUAUUAUGCUUGCAAGUCAGCUACUGUAGGAUGAAAAGGGACCAGGCAGGGUACAAACUGUCAGUCCUAGUUGUCAAUAGCAUGCAUCAGUUACCAGCGAACAAUAAGCACUAACAAAGUGUGUGCAGUCUGCUUGGAUCCCGAGCAUUGCUGCUUACAUCUGUAUUUAGUGUUAGAUUUCUGGAAGUUUUGUCACGUCUCUGUGGUUCAGCUGUUGCUUUCACUGUGUUCCAGGUAAAUGGUAUUCCUGAGGAGAGAAAGGUGGCUGAAGCUCUGAAUUUAUGACCAGAAGCACCAGUGUUGCAGCUGCUCCUCUUCCUUUCUCCUAAAAUUUGUGCCAACCUGCAUGUGUCAGCAGUGAAAAUUUUAUUGUCCACUUGCGCACUUGCACCUUGACUAGUGAGUGUGAAAAAGACCCGAAGAGCUUAGCCGAUUAUAAAGAUAACUUAGAAUAUUUUGGAAUAUCCGUUUAAAUGUUUAAAGUGUGAUUAAUGUUUGUAUGUCAUACUGCUUUGCCCAGCGGACCUCUCGGGGCGUAAGGGUGUUUUAUAUUGAAAUGCUUUCGUCGCCAUGUGUUAUAACAUUUGUUCAAUGUGUCACAGGAUAAUAAACUCUUUCAAAAUAA